GAGGAAGCCGGGAAGGGCUUAGGCCGCCAUUUUGUGUGGGUACGUGAGGGGGGAAGGGACGGCGCUCCUUGCGGCUUCCCGACAGCCAUGCGGCAUUCAAAACGAACUCAGUGUCCUGAAUGGGAUGAUGAAAGGAGCUGGGAUGAAGGAAAGCACAGCAGCAGCCAUAAACGAAGGAGGAGGUCCCGCAGCAGUGCACAAGAAAGCAAACAUUAUAAAUCACAUGAAACUUCAGACAGUCAUUAUUUGGACGAUAGAUCCAUAAAUGAGAGAGACCGUCAUGACCGGAAAUAUAUUGAGGAAUACAGAAAUGACUUCUGUGAAGUAUAUGACCACAGGCGUUAUCACAGAGACAAUGAAAAGAGUCACCAUCAUCACUAUAGCAAAUCCUCUGGCCGGAGCAGAAAAAGUAGUCAUAAAAAGAAGCAUAAGAGACAUCAUUGCUCCAGUCACCAUUCACAUUCGAAGAGUCACCGAAGGAAAAGAUCCAGGAGUGUAGAGGAUGAUGAGGAGGGUCACCUGAUCUGUGAAAGUGGAGACGUACUAAGAGCAAGAUAUGAAAUUGUUGAUACUUUAGGGGAAGGAGCAUUUGGAAAAGUAGUGGAGUGCAUUGAUCACCAUAUGAGAGGAAUGCACGUAGCGGUUAAAAUUGUGAAAAAUGUUGGUAGAUACCGUGAAGCAGCCCGCUCAGAAAUACAGGUGUUGGAACAUUUAAACAGCAUGGAUCCAAGCAGCACGUUCCGCUGUGUCCAGAUGCUAGAAUGGUUUGAUCAUCACGGUCAUGUUUGCAUUGUUUUUGAGCUGCUGGGACUUAGUACCUAUGAUUUUAUUAAAGAAAACAGCUUUUUGCCAUUUCGUAUUGAUGACAUAAGACAUAUGGCGUAUCAGAUAUGUCAAUCUAUAAAUUUUUUACAUCAUAAUAAGUUGACUCACACAGAUCUGAAGCCUGAAAAUAUUUUGUUUGUGCAUUCAGAUUAUAUAGUAAAGUACAAUGCUAAGAUGAAACGAGAUGAACGAACACUAAAAAAUACAGAUAUCAAAGUUGUUGAUUUUGGAAGCGCAACUUUUGAUGAUGAACAUCACAGUACAUUAGUGUCUACGAGACAUUACAGAGCUCCUGAGGUUAUUUUAGCAUUGGGAUGGUCUCAGCCCUGUGAUGUUUGGAGUAUAGGUUGCAUUCUAAUUGAAUAUUACCUGGGUUUUACAGUAUUCCAGACACAUGAUAGUAAAGAACACCUAGCAAUGAUGGAGCGAAUAUUAGGGCCUCUACCUACUCACAUGAUCAAGAAAUCAAGCAAACAUUAUUUUCAUCAUGACCAGUUGGACUGGGAUGAACAUAGUUCUGCAGGCCGAUAUGUAAGGAGGCGCUGUAAGCCAUUAAAGGAAUUCAUGCACUGUCAGGAUGCAGAUCAUCAGACUCUGUUUGAUCUUGUUCGCAAAAUGUUGGAGUACGAUCCAUCUGAUAGAAUUACUCUUGAUGAAGCCUUGCAACAUCCUUUUUUUGACCCACUAAAAAGGAAGUAAACUCAGAUACCUUAUAUGGUUCUCCAAGGAGAUUACAUAGACUGUGUCAGUCAGCAGAGAUAGCAUAAGACUUUUGUAAAAUUUAAGUUAUUUUGUACAGGUAAGCCUCUAAAUAUUGCCAUAUGUUUUUGUAUCACUGCCAUAUUUACCUUGUUAACAGUUCUGGUCUUGAUCAUAGAUAUAAAAAUAAAAGUAAUUUUUGAAACUGG